GCCUUCCGCCGCGGAUCACUUGACAUGUCCCUUCCCAGGAGGGCCAGGCCAGGCACGCUCUGGCACCAUGGACCAAAGGGGGAUCCUGUUACAGAACCUGGAAAGGGCCCAAGGCAAGAAGCUCAGCCGAGGAGAGUUUGCAGAGGAGUUUUUGAAGCUGAAGAGACAGUCAACAAAGUACAGAUUGGAUAAAAUCUACCCUACAGCAGUGUCUGAGCAGCCAGAGAAUGUCAAGAAGAACAGAUACAAGGACAUCUUACCUUUUGACCACAGCAGAGUGGAGCUGUCCCUGAUUACAUCGGACACAGAUUCUCAUUACAUCAAUGCCAGCUUCAUCAAGGGUGUCUAUGGGCCAAGAGCAUACAUUGCAACCCAGGGUCCUCUCCCCACUACUGUCACUGACUUUUGGAGGAUGAUUUGGGAGUAUGAAGUCCUGGUCGUGGUCAUGGCUUGUAUGGAGUUUGAAAUGGGGAAGAAGAAAUGUGAGCGGUAUUGGGCAGAGGUAGAUGGCUCCCCCCUGCACUGUGGCCCUUUCUCCAUCACCUGUCAGGCUGAGGAGAAGAGGAAUGAGUAUGUGAUUAGAACUUUAAAGGUGACCCUGAAUGAGGCAACCCGCACCAUCUACCACUUCCACUACAAAAACUGGCCGGACCACCACGUCCCCUCAUCCAUCGAGCCCAUCCUGGAGCUCGUCAGGGACAUUCGCUGCUACCAGCCCGAUGACAGGGUCCCUGUCUGCAUCCACUGCAGUGCUGGCUGUGGCAGAACUGGCGUCAUCUGCGCCAUCGACUACACCCAGAGGCUGCUGAAGGACGGGAUUGUUCCAGUGAACUUCAGUGUUUUCAGUCUGAUCCAGGAAAUGCGCACACAAAGACCUUGCAUAGUGCAGACCAAGGAGCAGUAUGAGCUGGUUUACGAUGCGGUGAUUGAGCUCUUCAAAAGGCAGAUUCAAGCAUUCGAUGCCCAGAAAGAUUCUGCUGCUUCACAGGAAGGAGCAGGGCACCCUGUAGCCAAGCCAGUCCUGACUCCACUGGAAGACAUUUACGGCCUGAGUUUACUCACCUGCUCGGAGCGAGAGGAGCAGGCUCAGCAGCAGGACGGGCAUCGACAGCUCCGGCCAGUGGCACAGAGCGAAGUGUCCCUGGCGUCACUGUGUGCCCAUGGAGCACACAGCUCUGCCCAGGGAGUGCCCCCCAUCAGACAGGCCAUCUCCUUCAGUGCUCUGAACUCCAUCAGCCGUAGGCAGGCAGCUGCCAGGGAUGCCUCUCAGAAACACUGCAGCUGGGAGCUGGAGCUGGAGCUGGAGCCAAAGGGAGCAGGAAGGAGGGGGCCUGGUGCCAGAGCCCCUCUGGCAUGGACUGUAUCAACCCCUCUAGCACUGGGGCAGCGGGGAGAAGGCUGGGAAUGGGAUGCAGGGGAUGCCAAGCCUGUUUGGAGUCCACAGUGGCCAAAAGCCACCGGCUCGAGCUUCCAGGAUGGGUUUUCCCCUGUGGACCUGAACCCCUCCAGAGGAGCAGCAGAUGCCCCCCCAGGCCACAGGAACCAGGGGCAAUGCCCUCACCCUUACCUGUGCUCAGCAGAAGACCCCUACUUCUUAUCACUUUCUCCAGACGAGCCUUUGUCCCCCAUGUUCCCCUUUCUAGAGGGGCAGGAUGAGCUCUUCCCUUCGUGCUCUGCCAGUGCCCCGCUACAGCCCAGCACAAUCAGCUCCCCAUCAUCCCACCAUGCUCCCCAGAACCAGGAGAGGAUCUUCCCCUCGGCCCCCCUACCACAGCCUGAUGAUGAUGAUGCUCCUCCACCCCUGCCCCAGCGCACCCCCGAGUCCUUCAUUGUGGCCAGUGAGCCGGGGCAAUUUCCUCAGGCCACUUUGGAUUUCCAGCUUCCAGACAGAAAUCCAAAUAUUGGAACGUCCUGGGAGUGGAGUGGCGAGUCUUACUCAGAGGGGUUUCAUGACCCUGUGAGACUGAGACCAUGUAAGAGUGUGAAGCUUUGGAGCCCACAAACAGAGACAACCCAGGAUCCCUCUAAUUCUCCUCCUCCGCUUCCUGAAAGAACCCCGGAGUCGUUUGUUCUUGCUGAGGCAGCAAGUCUGCAGCCUGCUGCAAGAAACUCCUUGACUCCUGCGGGUUUGGAGAACAAGGGCUCAGAAACAUCAUCCAAAGAACUCAUGAAAUGCUUCAGGAGGAGCAAGAGCUUGAAAAUAUUGAAAAAUGUGCGAAAAAGCAUCUGCAGUCCAUCUUCACUGACAAAAUCAUCAGAACCUGCCCCGACAAACUCUCCGAGGUCUUUCCUUAACUUUGGCUUUGCAAAUCGAUUUUCAAAACCUAAAGGACCAAGAAAUCCACCCCCAGCAUGGAAUAUUUAGAUGUAUUCUAUAGACUUGGUGUUGCAGAUUUGUGAAGUCAUCCUGAAAUUCUUAGAAUGCCCAUCCCAGUGAAGCUCCCACCAAAAUAAACACAUCCAAAACUGUUACAUGGUAUUGGCAUCUCAGGCACUACUUGCACAUUCACUGAAUUUAUAACUGGAGUUUUAAAGUCAAAAAUGUAAAAGGACCAGCCACUUUCAGUUAAUUCACAAUGGGAUGGAAGGUAUACAAGUUUUGGAAUACAAGUUUUAUCCUAGGGAGAGACAUAUUUUUGUAAUGUUUUGGAAUGUAAUCUCUUCAAAAGGAUGGAUUUGAGCAUAAACCAAUGAUAGGACCCAGUGACAACUAUGGAAUGAUCUGGAAAGCCAACGGAGCAAACAGAGGCGGAUCAAGAUCCUCUCACAUUUUUAUGUGUACUGUAAUCAAAGACACUGAAAUGUUUACAUUACUUGGACUAAGAGGGAAUUAGCAUCCCAAAUUUUAGAAAUAAGCGCCUUUUUUCCCCAUCUGAGCGAAUCAGAGCAUUUGUCUGGAUUUUGGGGCAAUAAUACUUAGGAUGGUGAUUGAUCCCAUAGAAACAAAACCAGUGUAAGGACCGCACAACUGGUUGACCCAGUUGCUCUUCUACCUGGGGAAAAAAAAUUCCCAAAACACCACAACAGCAAGCAAAAUAUUAUUGUAUUUUAAAAACAAUGUUGUUUUUAAGGAUUUGUUAUUUUCCAGCACAGAAUUUCAGGUGGGAAUAGGAAAUACAGGAUUUCUCACCAGAUUCCAUCAAAGUGGGAUUUGGGGAAUUUGGUCAAGAACAAUCUGCUGACCACAGCUGGA